GGACCAGUCGCGAUGAUGUCCCGGCCUGUUGCAGGCGUGAGAGACAAGACACUACUGAUCACCCUGCCGGGAUCCCCAAAGGGCGCCAAAGAGAACCUCGAAGCCAUCAUCAAGCUCCUACCGCAUGCGUGUAGCCAAGCGGCGGGGGCAAACUCGCGCGCUCAACACGCCGGCGGGGUGAAAAAGCUCGAGGCCGAAGCAGGAGUAUCUUCCUCUGCCUCGGCAAGCAAACCAGACGACCAUCACCAUCACCAUCACCAUGGCCACCACGACCAUUCGCAUGCCCACGGCCACGUCGUGCCUAGAGCGCACACCUCCCCAUCGGAGCGACCACCGCAGUCCAACGACCCCAAUGCCGGACCGACCCGUCGAUACCGCGAGUCCCCAUACCCGAUGCUCUCGGUAGACGAAGCGCUCCAACUGAUCAGCCAACACACGCCGGACCCCGCGAUCAUCGAAGUCCCCGUGACUACCGCCCUGGUCGGAUCGGUGAUCGCCGAGGAUGUGUAUGCGGGCGAAGCCGUACCGGCAUACCGAGCCAGCAUCGUGGACGGAUACGCGGUGAUCGCACCCGAGACGGCGGACGCGGGCCCCAGCACCAAAGGCAUAUUCCCCGUUGCUUCGAUCACGCACGCCAAUGAAGGCGGCACCCUGGCCCCUCUGGAACGGGGCACCAUCGCCCGAAUCACAACGGGAGCUCCGCUCCCGCCCAACGCCAACGCCGUCGUAAUGGUCGAAGACACCAUCCUCGCCACCACCACGCCAGACGGCCAAGAAGAAGCCACGGUCGAGAUCCUGACGGGGGAGAUCAAACCGCGAGAAAACGUCCGCGAGCCCGGCAGCGACAUCGCGCUGGGGUCGCGGAUCCUACAAAAAGGCGAUGUGAUCACGUCCGUGGGCGGCGAAAUCGGACUUCUGGCCGCGACGGGAACCCGGACGGUGAGAGUGUACAAGAAGCCAUGCAUCGGGGUACUCAGCACGGGGGAUGAACUGGUGGAACACGACGACCCGCGACCUCUGCAAGGCGGACAGAUCCGCGACUCGAACCGGCCCUCUUUACUCUCGUGUCUCACAUCCUGGGGCUUCCCUGUCGUGGAUCUCGGCAUCGCCCGAGACACUCCAGCCGGGGAACUCGAACAAAGUCUCCGGGAUGGCCUCCGCGGCAUUGGCCCGAAAUCCAGCGCCGACGUGAUCAUCACCACGGGGGGCGUCUCGAUGGGCGAACUCGACCUCCUAAAGCCCACGAUUGAGCGUUCCCUAGGCGGAACCAUCCACUUCGGCCGCGUGGCCAUGAAGCCCGGAAAACCGACCACGUUCGCAACGAUCCCAUUCAAGCCGACAUCUGCCUCCCCGUCGUCGUCAGCAGUGCAACAAGAACGCGAAUCAAAACUCAUCUUCUCUCUCCCCGGAAACCCGGCCUCGGCACUAGUCACCCUCAAUCUGUUCGUGCUUCCCUCGCUGCACAAGCUCAUGGGGAUGGGCCAGAGACAGCAGCAGCCGUCGGCAGGUACGGCAGUGUCCGUGCCCCUCGGGCUACCGCUCGUCUCGGUGACCCUGGCGCAUCCAUUCCCAGUAGAUGCCAAACGGACGGAGUAUCAUCGGGCCGUGGUCACGGCGUCUCGCACGGAUGGCCGGCUUUAUGCCAUGAGUACGGGGCUGGAAGGAGUGGGACAGCGGAGUUCGAGGGUGGGAAGUUUGGCUAGUGCGAAUGCGCUGUUGGUGCUGCGGCCGGGGGGUGGGAAAAUGGACAAGGGGGCGUUGGUGGAGGCGUUGAUGUUGGGCACUCUGGUCGCGGAGGAUUAAAAAAAGAGCUGUACGGAAACUGAAACGUCAGUCUUCUCCUCGAGGCGCACACCCC